UGCGAAGGGUUUCGCAUCCAAAUCAGUCAUGGGGUUUCGUUCCGUUCUCCUCCGAGCAUCGCGGGCAAGGCUCAGAUACUCGCCGUCGCCGGAGGACCCGCGCUUCCGGCGGUCCUUCUCUCAGCUUCUUCACUCGGAACCCGAAAGACCUUCCUUCGGGAUUGCGUUCGACAUUGACGGUGUAAUUAUUCGAGGCCGAACCACCAUCGGAGGCUCCUCUCACGCCCUUCGGAGGCUCUAUCACGCCGACGGCACUCUCAAGGUUCCUUUUUUGUUCUUAACAAACGGAGGUGGCGUCCCUGAAACUAAACGAUCUUUGGAGUUGAGCGAGCUUUUGGGAGUUCCCAUUUCACCUCUACAGGUAGUGCUCGGCCAUUCACCUUUCCGACAAUUGGUCAGCAGAUUUGAGAAUGAGCUUAUAGUUGCAGUUGGAAAAGGAGAACCUUCCCUAGUGAUGGCAGAGUAUGGAUUCAAGAAAGUUCUUUCUAUCAAUGACUAUGCUUCAUACUUUAAUCACAUUGAUCCCCUUUCUCAGUACAAAACCUGGAGUCUCAAGCAAUCAUUUGAUAAAAAUUGUAAAUUAAGUUUCCAAUCAAAAUUUAAUGUGCACUCUGAGAGGGUUAAAGGAGCAUUUGUUGUCAGUGAUCCUGUUGAUUGGGGAAGGGAUAUUCAGGUGCUGUGUGAUAUCUUAAGAUAUGGUGGACUUCCUGGUAAGGGAAAUGGACAUCAACCACCUUUAUAUUUUGCAGCGGAUGAUCUUGAAUACCAGGCUGCAUUUCCCUGCGAGCGUCUCGGGAUGGGUGCUUUCAGGAUAGCGCUGGAAAGCAUAUAUAACAGAAUUCAUAGCAGCCCACUGGAGUAUACAUCUUAUGGCAAACCCAAUCCAUCUGUGUUCAAGAAUGCUGAAUCUACUCUGACUAAACUAGCACUGACUACUUACCCGGCUAAGGAGACGAGGGUUAGCAAGAACUUUGCAUUCAAUAUUAUCUAUAUGAUCGGAGAUAAUCCUAAAGUCGAUGUCAAUGGUGCCAAGAAGGCAGGACAUCCUUGGUUUCCUAUUCUGACUAGGACUGGGGUGUUCAAGGGUAAAGACAAUGACGAACACUUUCCAGCAGACCUGGUGGUGGAUACUGUUGAAGAGGCUGUCGAUUUUAUCCUGAAGAAGGAGAACAUACAAUCAUGACGACUAUUUGUUUUAUUUUCAUUUGUCCAAAGAAACCAAAGUCGGGCGAUGCACGGGAUGAAUGAAUGAUUCCGGUCAAUUCAAUAAUUUCAAGCCCCGAUUGUUUCAACUGCGGAUUCGAUGGAGAUGCAAACUCAUGCCUCAGUUGAAUUUACAAAUGACCUAUUUAUUCUUUCUCGGAAACUUUUAAGUAUUUAGCCAUAGUUCUUUCCUAUGAUUCAAUGGUAUCGACUGAUUUACCCUGAAACCUAAAUGAAUUUUGGCAAAUUUAUAUGUAAACUUAAUUUUAAUAUAAAUCCAAGCUCCUUAUCUACA